CCGAUACCGACGGCGCCAUUUGUUUGGACGCGCUACAGAAUCGUUUCGCGUUGGAGCACUUGGAGCAGCUCUUCGCUUCGGAGUAAGAGGAUCCGGGAGCUAUGCUCGGAGGAUGGCGCGACCAUGAGCUGAUUCCCAAAAUCGGAGCUCUGGAGUAUCAUGCUACUACGCGGAGCAGUUACAAUUAUUUCGCGAACCGAUAGCAACGUACGGCCGUCUCGUUUCAACGGCGUUCGAACGAGUCGUGUCUCAUUCUACUGAAGAGGUGGUGUCGCGAAUAGGAUGUCUCUAAGUGCCAGCGCGGAGAACCUGUCGUCCGAGGGACAAAAUAGCGAGAGAUGGAACAUGUGUCUGGAACUGGCGCUGGAGGGCGAACGCCUGUGCAAGGCUGGCGAUUGCAAGUCCGGGGUGGCGUUCUUCCAAGCGGCAAUCCAGGCCGGCACGGACGAUCUGCGGAUAUUAAGCGCGAUCUACAGCCAAUUGGGUAACGCGUACUUCUACCUGGGUGACUACGUCAAGGCGAUGCAGUACCACAAGUUGGACCUGACCCUCGCCAGGAAUAUGGGCGACAAACUGGGCGAAGCCAAAUCCAGCGGAAAUCUGGGCAACACGCUGAAAGUUAUUGGCAAGUUCGACGAGGCCAUGAUCUGCUGCAAGAGGCAUCUAGAGAUCUCUAGAGAGAUUGGAGAUAAGCUCAGCGAGGGAAGAGCCCUGUACAAUUUAGGAAAUGUAUAUCAUGCGAAGGGCAAGCAAGCGGGUAGAAUAGGUCAUCAGGAUCCAGGAGAAUUCUCCGAGGAUGUCCGACAGUGCUUGCAACAGGCUGUGCGCUAUUAUGAAGAAAACUUAGAGCUUAUGAGGGAACUGGAGGAUUCCGCGGCUCAAGGUAGAGCGUGCGGUAAUUUGGGCAAUACAUUCUACUUAUUGGGCGAUUUCCAACAGGCCAUUUAUUAUCACAAUGAACGUUUGAAAAUCGCCAGAGAAUUUGGCGACAAGCCGGCCGAGAGGAGAGCUAACAGCAAUUUAGGGAACUCGCACAUAUUUUUAGGCGAGUUCGAGAAGGCUGCGCAGCAUUAUAAGAGGACCUUGGUUCUUGCACAGGAGCUGGGCGAUCGCGAGGUGGAGGCGCAGGCAUGCUACUCUCUGGGAAACACGUAUACACUCCUGCGCGACUAUACGGCAGCCGUCGAAUAUCACCUGUGGCAUCUGGGUAUAGCCCAACAACUGAAGGAUCGCGUCGGCGAGGGGCGCGCCUGCUGGUCGCUGGGAAACGCGUACGCCGCAAUGGGUAAUCACGAGAAAGCGCUGCACUACGCGAAUCUGCAUCUGCACAUCUCGAAGGAGCUGGAAGAUGAAAUGGGCCAGGCUACCGCGCAGAUGAACGUCGAUGACUUGCAGAAAAUUCUCGGUCUCGAAAAGAAUCAGCAGGAGAGUAACAAGGAGAAUCUGAACACGCAGAAAUUAACCACAAACGCGACGUCAAAUGUCCCGACGACUAUGCCCUGUAGAUACAGACUCAGACGACAGAGCAUGGACAAUCUCGAUCUCAUUAAGCUCACACCCGAUGCAAAGCAGAAAGAUAAGUCGGAAAUGUUGGACAAAGAAGACAGUGUUGCGUCUCAAAAAGAGGAAGAUAACUUCUUCGAUCUGCUGUCUCGGUUUCAAUCGGGCAGAAUGGACGAUCAACGUUGCGCGCUCAACACGAAGCGCAAUCCGAAGUAUCGAACAAUCACGCCGGAAGUAUCGGACAUGGAUGACAAAGACGGCGAGGAUUUGCUGGAAUUAAUCGCUGGAAUGCAAAGUAAACGAAUGGAUGAGCAACGAGUGACGUUACCCUAUCUACCAGGGCUGAAUACCAAUCAGGAUUCGGACGAUUCCUUCAUCGAGAUGCUCGUUAGAUGCCAGAGUUCACGUCUAGAGGACCAACGAAGUCCUCUACCGGCUGCAUCAACAGUGCAGGACGCCGAAGAGGAGAGAGGCCGUAGAGCCAAUGGGAAAUCUCAAUCAGGUUCCACGGUGCCCGAGGAGGAUCUCUUCGCCCUGAUCCAAAGACUUCAAGCGGGUCGAAUGGAGGAUCAAAGGGCUUCCGGGCCCGGCAAGGCGUGCUAAACUCGCGACAGCAGACGGUGAUUCAAGUCCUCACGAUACCUUCCAUUUGCUGAAUUCCUUCAUCUUACGUGUCCACGACUGCGUCGACGCCUUCAUUCGCUUAUCGCCGCGAUUCUGCUUCCUUGAUUACUUAAUAGAGGAAAGGAUUGGAAUUGUACGACUGAAUAGAGUCCGAUUCGAAGAGGCAACGACUCAAAUUACCCGAUUGUGAGAACCGAACCACCGUGACGGAUUGAUCAUGCUUACAAUUGCUUAAAGGCGGGAAAUUCGCAUGUCACGUAAAAAAAAAAAAAAGAUUAUUUGCUAUUCUGUCACUGAAAGUAUGAAACUAACUGAAAGAUUUAACAUAGACUUUACGUUUAACUCACGAUACUUAGAGGAUACUUAAACGAUAUACGCAGAUCUUUUUGAUAUUUACUAUUUGGAAAACUAUUUUCCCUUUUUCCUUCGAGUAGAAAUAGCGUUGAGGAAAACGAAUUCGUUUUUUGCACUCAGGUCUUCGAUUCCGUUCAGAUGUAGACUUAAUUAUUCAUUUGCGUAGACCGCCGCGUCUACACAACUGGUAAGUAACUGAUACUCCCGUAAUCGAUAUUCCGUAGUUUAGCGACUGCUAGCAGCCGGUUGUGCGAAAGCAUUACGGAACAAUGCAAUAAGGUGAACGACUUUUCAGUUGACUGUCUAGUAAUAACAACUGCCGCGUUAGUUUCUGGCUAACUUGAAUCGAAUAAAUUAUUGUUGCGUAGCGUUCGGUGAAUAUAAAUUGUUUGCCAAUCGUGAAUAAGUCGCGUCGAGUGUUAAAUGUAAUGCGUUUUGCGGUUGCCGACGACGGUCGUGAUUUAUGUGACAUGCCAGUAACUAGCAUCGGUUUUAGUAUUAUCAAGAUUUUUAUAAACGCCUGCUUUUACACGGGUCCGUAAAUCGCGCGCGUGCAAAACAGGUUUUCCGAACACUGCCAGUUUGAGGGCGUGAAUUAUUCUCGGACAUUCGCGUUCGUCGUUGACAAACGCGCGUGGCCUUUCAACAUUCACAUUCUCAAGAGAUUGUAGGUUUAUUAUUUUAUACACAUAUAUAUAUUUUUCGUGCAUAUUUCGAUUUACUUCUAUCUCUAUAAGGAGAGAGGCGGGAUUAUUUUUUUAAAGGAAUAUAUUACGCGUAUAGAGAUGUUAUGAACGGUGGAUGGAGAAAAGUAUUCACGCACCGCCGAGUUUCGCUCUAUCAGUAGCUCUCUUAAUUGCUAAAUAAUUGCGUAUAAAUUAGAUAAUAAACAACAAAUAUAAAUCGUGCAUUGUACGGGAAAAGUCAAAAAGUAAAGUGCGGUAAUAAUUUUCCUUUACGACUUGUAGAAUAUUAGAAUAGCAUUUUUCUCACUCCUGUUUGCAAGAAGUUUUCAAUCACGGAGAUUGGAGUCACUUAACUUUUUUGAAACUUUUAGAAAUUUAUAUUCACGCGAGAUUUAGCUAUAUUGUUAUUAUGGUAGUCAAAUGCUGUGUCGAUUGCAUUCUACGAGCAGUACACUUUACUUCUUGAUUCACUUUCACGUAUGAGAUACAUAUAGUUGCCGCUGGAUAAAAUAUUUUUGAUGGAUUUUAGAUAGAGAGGGAAAGUUAGGAUAUUUAUAACUAAAAAGAUCACGGUGCACGAAUGUUACUUUUACUUGAUAUAGGUUCAAUAGAGCGGCGAUUUGUAGCGAAUAUCAGUGCCAAAGAUUCUCAAUAUGCUAAAAAAAAAAAAAAAGGAAGAGACUUCGUUAAAAGAAGAUAGAAAAGCAAGCUUAUAAUUGACUGAAUCUCUAUCGCGUCUUGUCGCACAAAUUCUUUCCGCGAAGGCUUACUAUCAUUGUAUUGUAGAGGUACUGACGACGCGGUACUGAAGAUAAUGUCUGAUACUAUUUCCAAUUGGCGAAACAAUAACUCAUCUCAUUGUAUUUAUUCCCCCCGCGGUUAGAGAAUCAGCGUAUUUUCGAUUGGUGAUAUAAUUUCGGAACUCUAAAAAUUUCGUACUUGUUAUGAUACACAAUAUCUGUUACUAAUUCAACAGAUUCUUAUUUAAAGGUUUAAAUUAGGACUGACGUGGCCCACGUGGAGAUACGUGUUUAGCUGUAGCGCCUCAUCUGUUCCAAUAAUUAAACAUGUGUAUAUAAUUGAGUAAUUCCAUGCCGAUUAAAAUGUCGACCUAGCGACGAGCCGCGAACUGCAACAACGCUGUCGUUUUAUGCGAAAAAGGAAGAGCUAUCGUUAAUAUAAGAGUAUAAGUUGACGAUUGAUUCAACAAGAGUGCAAGAAUAGUGAUAUACUAAUUACCGAAUCGAGAUCGUGCUGAGUAUCUUUUGCUAUGUUAUGAAAUUGUAAUUGCAAAAAGUGUUGUAUGUACACAUUGAUCGUUGAUUUGAUCCGUCGGAGAAAGGGCUGAAAUUAUUAUAUUGAGAAGACUAAAUGACAAAUCAUGCUGAUCGUAGGACUUUCGUGGUCCUUCGAAAAAUUUUUUUUCUUUACCAUUAUUUCUUAAGAUAUAUUCUACAUUAUAAUUACUUUAUCUUAACCUUUUUUUUUUAUAUAUAACACAUAUUCGUUAUAAUUACACUUAGACGUUAACGCUAUAAGUUCUUCGUACUAAUCGAUAUGUAAUUUUUAGUUUCACGAUUAUCGAGGUAUAAAUACAUUCCAUUCUGUCCAUAUGAUAGUAUAUAAUAUAUAAAGGAUCAAUAAAAAAAUAUAUACUUUUUUCAGAA